AUGGAAUCUAUUAUUAAAAUCGUAGUAAACAAUAAAGUACAAGUAUUUACUUCCACAAUUGUAGUACUUGCAGGUGCCAAACUUUUAAUCAUCGAUGCCAGUAGCUCAUCCAUCUCCGUUCGUGCUGAAAGUCAUCACAUUUUUAAGAUAUACAAAUAUUCCACACAAAGUAAUCAGUAUGUAAUGAUCAUUGUUAUUCAAUAUUUAUUUCCAAAUAUUAACAUUCGUACAACAAAAACAAUAACAGAAUCAUUUGAAAAUGGAGCCAAGAAACCAUUCAUCAGAUACAACGGGGAGCUAAUUUCAGACUCACAGAAUAUCAUUGAGUUCCUCACAGAGAAGUUCAAUGUUACAUCGCUAAAAUUGAAGGAUGAACAACAAGAAGCAGAGGCACAUUUGUUGAGACGUUACAUCGAUGACUGUUUCUAUUGGAAUUUGGUUUACUCUCGUUGGUGUGACCCAGUAUUCUCACCAGCUGCUGUCAGAAGUAUGUUGGCCAGUGUACCACCAAUGUUGACCGGUAUCCUUUCGGGAAUGGCCAAGUCGUAUGUCGCUAAACAGUUGUACAAUGCCGGUAUUGGCCGUUGCCCACGAGAUGAAAUCUACAGUGUCGCCAUCAAGGAUGUCAAUAGCAUUGCCAAACGUCUUGGUGACAGAGAAUUCCUCUUUAACGACAAACUCUCGGUUGUUGACAUCUCUUUAUUCUCAAUGUUGGUACAACUCAUCUAUGUAAUCGAAGCAACUCCAAUCUCAGAGGCAAUCAAAUCCAACAAAAACUUGGUUGACUAUGUCGAAAGAAUUCAAAACACUUAA